CAUCGUCAAGCACUAUGGGUAAAGUUCACGGAUCUCUCGCGCGUGCCGGUAAGGUCAAGUCGCAAACACCAAAGGUUGACAAACAGGAGAAGAAGAAAACGCCCAAGGGCCGUGCGAAGAAGCGCAUCUUGUACAACCGCAGAUUCGUGAACGUAACGACGCUUCCUGGAGGCAAGCGGAGAAUGAACCCCAACCCCGAGAAAUAAAUGCACUCGUGGGGCAUUCUCUCCCCCGGCUGAGGGGCCGGCGGACUACUGUCAUGAUAGAUGUGGAGGACGGGAAGGCCCACCCAAUCAUCGUUUUUUAUAUCACGUCUCCCUUUCCCUUGAGUUGCAAGUGCAGCAUUUUCUGCAUCUUCAAUAUCAUCAACUCGUCGUUGGAUUUUGGCUUCGGUUGAGCAUUCACUCGGCAAAAAUUGUAAUUCCUGCAUCAUUCUUAUGCUAUGAUAUGUGCUAUGCCCAAUCCAAUACUGACGGUUGUAAAAUGGGCGCUGUACAUUUGACUUGGAGUAAGGGGAGAUGUCCGAAAGACCAGCUAUAGUCCAGGGUGGAUUGUAAGUUGUCGGAUGUUG